UUAGCUUUGGAACUAUUGCAUUGGAGCAUCAUGUUUCCCAAAGUAGCAUGAGCUGACUUCCUAUCUGGAUGCUGGGAUCAUCUUCACCAAGGAUGGGCACCUAACCAUCAAGAUCUCGUAUUCCCUCUGCAGUCAGACAUCUCCUACUUAAACCUCAUGAUCUCCCCACCAAAUCUGUUUCUGUCUCCUCACUCUCAAGUCAAGAAAGGCACUGGUCUCUCAACUCGACUGACCUCCUCCUUCACUCGCUCACCUUCUUUCGUUAUCACCCCAAACCACUUUCGUUGCUGAAAGGCCUGCAGUUGCCUAUCAUGCAUAUCAAGUACCUCCUCAUCAAUCUUUUCGCCCUGGCCGUCUCGGUCAAGGCUCUCCCUGAUGCCGACAACGACUUCGGUCUUGAGGCUCGGGAUGACUCCGACGCUCUUGUCCAGCGCUGGGACUGUGGUCAUGACGCCAAGGAAGUCUACGGCAAGUGUGUCUGCAACGACAAGCAGCUCACCUGGGACGGCAAGAAGUGUGUCUGCCCUAAGGGUACAACCUGGGAGUACGGCAAAUGCGUGCCUAACAAGCCCUCUUGCCACAAGCCUCAGGUCUACAACCCUCACUCCAGGAAGUGCGAGUGUCCCCAUGGCACUGAGUGGAAGUACGGCAAGUGUAUUCCCAAGUGCCCCCACGGUCAGUACUUCGAUAAGGACCAGUGGAAGUGCGUCUGCCCUAAGGGCACUGAGUAUCAGUACGGCAAAUGUAUCCCCAAGUGUCCCCACGGCCAAUCCUACGAUAAGGACCAGGGCAAGUGUGUUUGCCCCAAGGGAACUGAGUGGAAGUACGGCAAGUGUAUUCCCAAGUGCUGAGUGGAAGUACGGCAAGUGUAUUCCCAAGUGCCCCCACGGUCAGUACUUCGA